ACGUGAAGUAGACGGGAGAAUUGUGGGGAUGUUCCCACAAGCCUUUUUAGCUGUUCUGCUCUGCACAACUGUGGUCCCCCUCCAUGCUCAAAAUGAUGAAGGAACUCUCUGUACAGAUAAAACUGAGUGUCCUAUCACAGUGUACUUUGUCAUUGACACAUCUGAGAGCAUUGCCCUUCAGACUGACCCUAUUGAGAGUUUAGUGAACCACAGCAAGAAGUUUGUUACUCAGUUCGUCAAUAAGCUGGCCAAUGAGGUCUACCAACAACAAAUAUCCAUAAAUUGGCAAAUUGGGGGACUUCAUUUUUCAGAUAUAGUGAUAAUCUUUAGUUCUUUAACCCAAGACAAGGCGCUAUUCAAUGAUCGGUUGAAAAAUAUCCGUUACAUUGGUCGGGGCACUUUCACAGAUUGUGCUCUCUCGAACAUGACGGCUCAGAUGCCUCUCAAUUCACUGGGGGCGAAUUAUGCCGUUGUGAUCACUGAUGGCCAUGUGACAGGUCAUCCCUGUGGAGGGAUGAAGCAGCAAGCUGAUCGAGCGCGAGAUGCAGGGAUCAAGCUCUUUGCAGUGGCCCCUAGCCAGAAAAUCUAUGAGCAUGGUCUCCAGGAAAUUGCCAGCCUUCCACAUGAGCUUUUCCGGAACAACUAUGCCACCCUAAAGAAAGGUACUGUUGAUGAAGAUACUGAGGCCAUGGAUAAGAUCAUCCAAGUUAUGAAACAUGAUGCCUUUGAAAAGUGCUAUAAAAUGAGCUGCCUUGAAAUUCAAGGCCCACGUGGUCCAAAGGGAGUUCAAGGACAAAAGGGUGCGAAAGGGAACAUGGGGAUUCCAGGCAUUUUUGGGCAAAAAGGACGACAAGGUGAUCCAGGAAUUGAAGGUCCAAUUGGACACCCUGGGCCUAAGGGUAUUUCUGGUCUAAAAGGAGAGAAGGGAGAGUUUGGAGCAGAUGGACGAAAGGGAGCUGGUGGUACUUCUGGAAGAAAUGGCACUGAUGGACAGAAGGGCAGGAUGGGGCGGAUUGGACCUCCUGGCUGUAAGGGUGACCCAGGCGAAAGGGGUCCUGAUGGCUACCCAGGAGGCCCUGGUGCUAAAGGGUCACCGGGAGAGGAAGGGAUAAAGGGAGAUCCUGGCCGGCCUGGCAAACAUGGCCCACCUGGUCCCGAUGGAGAACUCGGAAGUUCUGGACCAAAAGGAUACAAAGGAGAACCUGGUCUUCCUGGUCUCAAGGGAAGUCCAGGCGAGAAAGGACUUGGGGGACCAAAAGGAGAAGCUGGUCGUCGUGGUGAUCCUGGAGACAUAGGAAAACCUGGAAAUCAAGGAUCCAAGGGGGAAAAAGGAGAUCCUGGUUUUGAGGGACAAAGGGGUCUACCAGGAGAAGUUGGAGAGAAAGGAAGAAAUGGAGAUCCAGGACCAUCAGGCCAGCGUGGUGCACCAGGCCCUGUGGGAGAUAAGGGCAGCCCCGGCUCAGCUGGAAAUCCGGGGAGAGAAGGUGAAAGGGGCGACAUGGGGCCUAAAGGACCCAAGGGUGAUAGGGGAAGACCUGGCUUAAGUGUUCCUGGUCCCAGGGGAUCUCGGGGUGACAAAGGUGAAAAGGGUCAGCCAGGCCCAGAGGGUGCAAGAGGUGACCCUGGACCAAAAGGACUUAGAGGGAAAAAAGGAGACCCAGGUGAUGAUGGAGGAGUCGGCCUUUCAGGUCCACCUGGAUCCAGGGGACCAAGUGGUGAACCUGGACCUGAGGGUGACCCUGGUCCUCCUGGAGAUCCCGGCCUAACUGACUGCGAUGUGAUGACCUACAUCAGAGAGACCUGUGGCUGCUGUGAUUGUGAGAAGCGGUGUGGUCCAUUGGACAUUGUCUUUGUCAUAGACAGUUCAGAGAGUAUCGGCUAUACCAAUUUUUCCCUGGAGAAAAAUUUUGUUAUCAAUGUGGUGAGCAGGCUAGGGUCCAUUGCCAAAGAUCCAAAAUCUGAGACAGGUGCCCGUGUUGGAGUGGUACAGUACAGUCAUAAGGGAACUUUUGAAGCCAUCCAGCUCAAUGACAAACGCAUUGACUCACUCUCUAGUUUCAAAGAAGCAGUGAAGAAACUGGAGUGGAUUGCAGGGGGUACCUGGACUCCCUCUGCACUUCAGUUUGCUUAUGAAACACUCAUCAAAGAAAGCCGGAGAGAUAAAGCCCGGGUGUUUGCUGUGGUGGUGACUGAUGGACGUCAUGACCCUCGAGAUAAAGACUCAAACUUACAAGCCCUCUGUGAUGGAAAUGUCGUGGUCAAUGCCAUUGGGAUUGGAGACAUGUUCAAUGUAGACGAGGAAUCGGAGACUCUGAAAGCAAUUGCUUGUAAUGACCAGGAGAGAGUCCAAAGAAUGAAAGUCUUCACUGAUUUAGUGGCUGAAGAGUUCCUUGACAAAAUAGAGAUUGAACUUUGUCCAGAUCCUCAGAUUGUCUGCCCUGAACUGCCCUGCCAAACAGAGCUUUCUGUCACCCAGUGCAUCCAGCGUCCAGUUGACCUUGUCUUCCUCCUGGAUGGUUCUGAAAGAAUUGGCAGCCAGAAUUUUCGCAGGGCCCAUGCCUUUAUAGAAGCAGUGGCUGAGCAGCUCCCCCUGGCCAGAAGUGACAGUGACGACAUGAAUGCACGCAUUGCCCUGCUACAAUAUGGAAAUGAGGACGAACAUGACAUAGUUUUCCCAUUGACAUACAAUAUUACUGACAUCACAGAUCGUUUAGCCAAGAUCAAAUAUUUGGACUCCUCUUCCAACAUUGGGUCUGCCAUCAUAUAUGCUGUCAACAACCUUGUCAUUAACACACAAGACAGGCAGAAGGCAGCUCGGCGUAAUGCGGAGCUGUCCUUUGUCUUCAUUACAGAUGGUUUUACAAGCAACAAAAACCUGGAAGAGGCAAUUGAUUCCAUGAAGAAGCAGAACGUUAUGCCCACAACCGUGGCCCUAGGCAGUGAUGUGGACAUGGAUGUCCUCCUGAAAAUCAGUCUAGGAGAUCGGUCAGCCAUUUUCCGGGAGAAGGACUACCUAAGUCUCUCCCAGCCUGACUUCUUUGAUAGAUUUGUUAGGUGGAUCUGUUAGUUGUGAGGUAGACACCAGCGCUUUUAAGCUCUUAUAUUGUUACAUGGGGCUUUUUAAGCAAAAGUAUGCUGCCAGAGGGUAGCAGGCACAAAUUUUCAAGGGAAUUUAUUUUUAUAUUCAAAAUUGGUAGGCUCAUUUCAAGUAAUGUUUAUGGUGCUUAAUUAAAAACAAAAUAAUAGGAGGCUACAGAACACCACAGUAUCAUUUGUCAGACUUUAAAACAUUGUUUAAGAUUUUUAUAUUGUAAUAUUUUUGGUGCUGAAUAGAAGAACUGUGCAGUCAAUGUAAAGCAUAAAGAACUAUCAUCUCCAGCUGCCCCAAGGAUCCAUCUUAACCCUCCUCUCCCAUUAUUUCCCACUCACCCAAUUACUGGUAGACGGGUAAUUCCAUUGUGCCUUGACUGUGAUGCUAACAUUUCCUCUGUUUUCAAGGAGAUACUUUGCAGUUGAAACAAUAACAGGAAAUAUUUUUAUCAGUACUGAGUCUUGCACUUGGUCUAUUCUAUUAGUAAACACCGAGUCUUCCUUGCUUUCUUUCCAUGUACGUGCUUCAGGAUUGCAACGUUGAAUGGUCUCCCCUGUAUCAUGGUGCACGUAAUAAAUGGACUUCACAAAGAUAUUUGUAGCUAUUUCAUCUUUAAAAAAAUCUAGGAAAAGAAGCUUUGUUCCUAUACAGGUAGUCAUAAGUUGUGAUGGUUGUAAAGCAACUCACUACAUGACCCACCCAUGUUUACUACCUUUUAUGGCAGCCAUUAAGUGAAUACAGUAGUCAUAAAGUGAAUGCCAUCAUCAUUAAACAAACUCUCUCUUCUCUAUGAGGCAGUUUUUGUUGGAAAUUGGAAGUAAAGCCCAUUUCUGGAAAAAACGUAAAUUGCAGAGUGCUACAAAUGGCCAUAAAUGCACGCUGGUUGUCGAGCACCAGGGGAGGGGGUGAGGUUGUUCUUGAGUGGUAAAUCACUUUUUGACAGUCUGUCAUAACUAAGCGACUGAUUGUAAGUGGAGGAUUACUUGUACUGAUAAGAUAUGGCAUCCAGCCUUCCUGUGCCAGUACUGUUCUACUCCCAAAGAAGGAGUCUCAUUAAAAAUGGACAUCAGUAUAAUGUAAAGAGAUUCUGCUGGAUUCUCUUCUGGAUUUCCUGCUACAUUUAAUUGAAGCCAAGUGCCAUCAGCUUUCAAUGUUCCAUGUAUAAAUCUGGAAUUUCCCUGACUUGACUUGGCAGACCAUUUUAUGUUAUUUUUUUACAAUAAUGAUGAUAAGCACCAUUAAACUGAAUCCCAAUUUAAAGUGUACUACUGUGCACAUAAAGGAGUUUAUUGGAACUGUGUAUGAGCAUUCUGCUUUUAUUAGAUCUUCAUUAGAAUAAACAGUUCCAUCCAAUUGCUUUCCCCAAUCAAAGAAAUUGCAUAACAACCAAUUUUUUAAAGCCUGCAAAUUUACAUGAAGAAUUUAAAGAAGGCAUGGCUACAUUUUUAAAGAGAUGGGGGAAAGGUAAUUGAAGUGUUACAUAACAAAGAUGAGUAUAAUAUAAAAAUUCUAUAAAUUAUGAACAUAUGAAACCAAAAAUAUGGCUUUAUAAACAUAUGGUUGUAAUUCAGAAUUCUGCCCUAUUAACAUGGAGAAUAUUUUACUGGUUUGCACACUUCUAGCUCCAAAUAAUUUGGGGUUUGUUUGUUGUUUUGUUCCACACCACAGAGCCUUUCUUAUACUUUCAAUCUUCUAGUGAAAAUAUGUCUUUGGUCUUAUUUCUAAUUGCUAAUAAUCUCUUUCAUAAAUCAUAGAUUAUCCUUUCUCUGAAAUAUAGUGUGAGCUGUCCAAAGGGCCACUGUGCAAAGCCAUACUAAUUGAUAAGCAAUGAAUACCCAAUGUCAAUGUAUUCCUGAUAAUAUUGUUUCUGGAAUGACAUCCUUACUUGAGCCACAAUUGCACUCCUGAUAAAUAAAAACUUUUUU